AUGGACAUCCCAACAGAGCGCCCUGCAAACGCUGACGAGACUCUGAAGACAUCUGAGAUAGCCGUUCUGGUGGCUUCCUCCAUUCUGGUCUUUUUCACCACUAUCCUACGUUACUUGGGUCGAUGGGUCCUGCAACAGCGGUUGGAGGCAGGUAAAGGCCGAAAGGGAGAGAGGAUCUGGGGCAUGGAUGAUUUCUUCAACAUACUGGCCGUGUUGACCUUCUAUUCACUCAUCGUGGCAGUUGCUAUUGCGAUUGAGCGAGGGAUGGGUACUCACCUUUCUCUGAUUCUGUACGAACGUGGCGUUCAGGGAUUCAUCAAAUAUAAUCAGUCCAUCUACGUUUCCGCUGUCUUCUAUAACACCGUUCUCGGCAUGGUGAAGCUCAGUGUUCUAUGCCUAUAUCUGCGAAUCAUACGCGGUGUACAAAAGCAAUCAGUCCGUAUUAUGGUCUGGACAGCCUGCGCUAUAGUUGCUGCCAACACAAUAGCCAACGUUAGCGUUGCAAUCUUCCAAUGUUCGCCGAUUAAAGCCGCCUGGGACGUGACGAUACCUGUCGACAAAAAAAAAUGUGUCAAUAUCAACGCCUUCUAUCUUGGCAACGCAAUCACAGGCGUGAUUACAGAUGCAAUGGUUUAUUUGCUCUCGAUUCCCAUCAUCAAGCCGUUACAAAUGGACAACAAGACAAAGUUGCAGCUCAUGGGUACGAUGCUUGUCGGUGGCUUCGCUGUCGUUACUUCUGCCGUUCGCUUGGGUUUCAUCCCCGCCCUACUAACCGACCCGGACGCGUCCAUGGCCAUGGGUGUCCCAAUGAAUUGGAGCAUCGCCGAACCCGCAGUUGGUAUUCUUGUAUCCAGCGGCCCAGCUAUCCGCGCGGUUCGCUUCCUCUUCCGCAAACCAGGCCAGGACAGUUACGGCUCAGGCGCAGGCCAAUCCACCCUCCGAAGCCAGAACGGUCACAUCAAGCUCUACGAUAUCAAGGGCGAUGCGAAAGAUGAGGAGAGCCAGAGGUCAAGGGAUCCAGACAACGACAGUGAGGAACAUCUCGUUGUCAACGAUGCCGGAUUAGCGAGCCAGGGCGAAAUUUCCAGAACUACUAAACUAGAGGUCUCGUACUCCAUGAAGUAG